CUUCAAAAUUUUAUCAUCUUGCCUUGCUCUGUUUUAUUAAUCUGCAGUAAUAAAACAAAAGUAUUUAGACCACUUUGCAUACAUUCACUUGUUUGGUGUUAUUUUAUCAGUAGCUAAAAUACACUCUGCACCUUCUUUUUAUCUCAAAAGUUCUAUCUUGUAACCCGGUUACUGUGAUAAGGGUAGAUAGUAAACUUUUAGGAAAGCGUAUUUAAUACGUGACUAGAAGUGAUAUCCGGUCUAGCCAUAUUUCUACACCCUUAUAAUAUACUUUUUAUAUCCUCCGGUUCUAACCAUCUAAAAGUUUACUAAUCUGAAAAUAUGGCCGCUACUCAACGCGAUAUCAUCAACACCAAUUUUCAAAAAUUGGAAAAGUUUGAAGGUGUGGAGUUUCGAAGGUGGCAGAAAAAGAUGCAUAUUCUGCUCACUACUUUGAAAGUGAUCUGUGUUGACCACCCCGAGGCCGCCCGAGGAAGAAGAAAAUGAGUCUUUGGAGACGAGUCGCCGCCGCAUAAAGUGGGAUAAUGACGACUACAUUUGUCGUGGUCACAUUUUGAACGGUAUGUGUGAUUCUCUAUAUGAUGUGUAUCAAAAUGUUUAGUAUGCUAAAACGCUGUGGGAAUCUCUAGAAUCUAAAUAUAUGACCGAGGAUGCUUCAAAUAAGAAAUUUCUCAUUAGUAACUUUAAUAGUUACAAAAUGGUGGAUUCACGGAUCUGGUCAUGGAGCAAUUUCAUGAGAUUCAACGUUUAUAUGAUCAACUUUAGAUUCAUAACAUGCAUGUUAGUGAAACCUUUGUGGUCGGUUCUAUUAUCGACAAAUUACCACCUUCAUGGAAGGAAGCGAAAAAUAGUCUCAAACGUAAAAAAGAGGAUUUGUCAAUGGAGCAACUUGGUCGCCGACUUCAAAUCAAAGAAGGCAUUAAGUUGCGUGAAGGUGACAAUGGUAAAAAGAACAACCUUCCAAUUUCCUCUAUAAAUGUUAUGGAGGAGGGAUAGUCAAGUGGGACUAAGAAAAAUAAAAAAUGUCCCGGGAAAUUCACCAAAGGUUCCAAGUUUCAAAAGAAGCCGAAAGAUAAGAAAGUAGGCUCUUGUUGGGAAUGUGGUGGUCCACAUUUCAAGAGGGACUGCCCAAAGGUGAAGAAGAAGAAGAAGGCCCAAACCGAACGGCCAUCCAAACGGUGACCAAGACAACCAAGGAUGAUGAAUCUUGGUGGAUCGACACCGGAGCAACAAGGCAUGUAUGUAAAGAUAGACAAGCUUUGAAGACUCUAAAAGAGUUGCAAGAGGGGCCGAUCUUAUACAUGGGAAAAGACUCUACUAUGCAAAUUCAAGGAAUUGGGCAAGUAGAGUUGAAAUUAACUUCCGGAAAGAAAUUAAUUAUUAAUGAUGUGUACUUUGUACCACAAAUCCGGAAAAAUCUUGUCUCCGGUGGCAUCCUAAAUAACUUUGGGUUUAAACUUAGCUUUGAAGCAAAUAAGUUUAUUUUAUCUAAGGGUGGUGUAUUUGUUGGCCAAGGUUUCUAUUGUAAUGGCAUGUUCAAACUAAGUGUUGCAAAUAAAGUUGUUAAUUCUGUUUA